AUGCGAGAAGCGGACAGAGCGUUGAAAUAUACGUACGCUCCGUCUGCGGGAACGAGCAGCGCGGCGAAAAGAGAACUCAGACCGGCCAUCGCGAUCAAGAGAAAGGCGAGCAACGUAUACACACUUGAACAAGAAGAAAAACAAGAGUGUCUGGCAUGCAGCGAGGCGCAUGUGUUAACGCAGUGCCCUAAGUACAAAGCACUUAGCGUCGAACAGCGAUGGAACCUGAUCAAAGAAAAGAAGCUGUGUUUUAAGUGUGCGAACAGUACUCAUCGGCGCAUAACAUGCAAAGCCAAGCUGUGCGGUGUGGAACAGUGUCGUCGUCCGCAUCACUCAUCGCUGCAUCAAGCGGAAAAGAAACCGGAAAACACAGAGGUACGUGACAAGGAACAAGUAUUGUCAGUGACGCCGAAAACGAACGUCGGCGCACGCACCGUGCUUCUGAAGAUGUGCCCGGUCGUAGUCGCCGGUCCACGGGGGGAGGUGAGAACGCACGCUCUCCUCGACGAAGGUGCCACGGUGACAUUGAUGGAUGAAGAUCUCGCCGAGAAGAUAGGUGCAGACGGCCCUACACAAGCACUGCACCUAAGCGGCGUUAACAUGGCUCAAAAGGAAAAAGCCAGCAAGUUGGUGACGGUGCGAAUUAGAGGUGUGACAGAAGACGAGCCACACUCAAUACGAGCAAGAACAAUAAAGCACCUGAAACUGCACCAACAGACCAUUCCGGCAGUGCUUAUGAAGUUGAAGCAUUUAAGGGACCUGCCGGAAGAAUUGUGCUAUGAACGAGCGCGCCCAGGCAUCUUAUUGGGCGCGGAUCAUUGGGAGCACAUUGUGUCGCGAGAACUGCGAGUUGGCGGCCGCAACGAACCGGCUGCAUCAAGAACGCUACUCGGCUGGGUGGUGCACGGUACGUUACCACGUAGCGUCAUAACAAAGAAAGAAAACGUGCUUCAUAUAUACGAGCGGGAGCACGACGGACUGCAUAACCUCGUGGAAGAUCACUUCAAAAUAGAAGCGCUCGGCGUCACACCAGAACCGAGAGUGAGUGACGCAGAUCGACGAGCCAUCGCCACAUUGAAGACGUCUAUAAGGAAGAUAGACUGCGGGUACGAAGUCGGCUUGCCGUGGCGACAAGACAACACCGCCAUGCCGCCGAGCUACAACGCGGCACUUCGACGCCUGCGACAAAUCGAGCACAAGAUGGACGCCUCGCCUGAAUUUGCCCGCGAAUAUACUGCACAGGUGAAUAACCUUAUAGAAAAAGGAUACGCAGUGAGGUGCGACGGGUCAGAAUCAUCGAGCCCCGUCUGUUGGUACCUCCCUCACUUCGCGGUGCAGAACCCGAACAAGCCUGGCAAGCAGAGGUUGGUGUUCGACGCAGCGGCGACAAGUCACGGGGUGAGUCUGAACGACCACUUACUGGAAGGCCCUGACAUGUUGAUGUCUCUGCCCGGAAUAAUGUUUCGGUUCCGGGAGAGCGCUGUAGCAGUCACAGCGGACAUACAAGAAAUGUUCCUGCGAAUCAAGAUCCGUGCCGAAGAUCAGUCAGCGCAGCAAUUUCUGUGGCGCGGUAACGACCGAACCAACCCGCCGCAGCGAUUUAAGAUGACCAGCAUGAUCUUCGGUGCAGCGAGUUCACCAUUCAUGGCGCACUUCCUGUAUCCCAGAGCAGCGGAGGCCAUCACCAAAUAUCACUAUAUGGACGACUUGGUGGCCAGCUACGAUACACCCGGAGAAGCGCACGAAGCCAUAGAGGAAAUGAAGACGGUGCACGCGGCGGCGGGAUUCACUCUGCGCGGUUGGAACUCGAACGAGAGAGUGUGUUCCUUCGCGACGCCCCCAGAGUUGCGCUCGAAUCAGCCCACGCAACUGGGGAGAGCAUCAACACAGCAAGAUAUUGGGACUGCGGUGGGACCCGGAGCGAGACGAGCUGGGAUUCAACACAGCAAUGAGCCGAGUCCCGAAAGAAGUAAAACGCAAGUGCGCACGCCCACCAAGAGAGAAGCCCUCAGUACAGUCAUGUCGAUCUACGAUCCACUGGGACUUCUCAGCGUGUACACCAUUCGCGCCAAGAUCAUCCUUCAGAACUUAUGGCGCUUAAAGAUGUCGUGGGACGAACGGGUGCCAGAGGAAGACGGCAAGCUGUUCGCGACGUGGUUGUCGCAACUGUCGGCGAUCGGCCAGUUGCGCAUUCCCCGACAUUAUGGACCGACGAGCCACGAGCGACGCAUCGAGCUCCACGUUAUGUGCGACGCCAGCGAGCAGGCCUACGCAGCGGUGGCGUAUUGGCGGAUGGUCGGCCAAGAGAACGUUACACUCUCUUUGGUGGCCGCCAAGGCGAAGGUGGCACCGCGACGGACGCAAACGAUACCCCGCCUCGAGCUGCAAGCGGCGGUAAUCGGGGCGCGCCUCGCUGACGCAGUGAAGAAGGAGCAUCGCAUCGUGGCGGAGAGAACUAUAUAUUGUACUGACUCCACAACAGUCAUCCACUGGAUCCGGAACGACGAGCGACGGUACACACCUUCGUCGCGCAUCGUUCUGCGGGAGAUCGCCGAGCUCACCGACAAAAGUGAGUGGCGAUGGCUACCCACGACGCACAACGUCGCCGAUGAAGCCACUCGACUUCGGAGCGACGCCGUGAGUGAAGACAGCCGGUGGUUCCGGGGACCUGAUUUCCUCCUCGAGCCCGAACAAUCAUGGCCCACGAGAGACGGAAGUCAGGACGACGAAGCAGAGGUCCUGCACGUCACAGGAGAGCCUCGAAAAAGGAACGUUGGUUGCCCGGACCCGGACCCGCUUCUCCAAGUAUGA